CCAAGCCAUUCUGUGUGAAGACCACAACGUCCCCUGUGCAGCUGGGGCCCCGGCUCUCCAGCCAGGUCAAGGAUCAGUCCCGCUUCGACCGUCCCCGCCCCCCCCACCCCCCUUCCCCCCCUACCGGAGCCAAGAUGGCCACCAACGGUGCCCUUCGCCUCUCCUUGCCGCUCCUGCUGCCUGUCGCCACUCUGCUGCUAUCACUGCUGCUCACCAGUGCACACGCCUUAUCAGCACCGCGGUUCACUAAAGUUCCCGUCGACCAGAUUGGCGUCUCAGGGGGUGUGGUUUCCUUCGUCUGCCAGGCGACAGGUGACCCCAAGCCGAGAGUUAGUUGGAACAAGAAAGGCAAGAAGGUCAACUCCCAGCGUAUAGAGACCAUCGAGUUUGACGAGGGCGCCGGCGCCGUACUCAGAAUCCAGCCUCUGCGAGCGCCGCGCGAUGAGAACAUCUACGAAUGUGUGGCUGAGAACAGCGAGGGCGAGAUCACAGUCAAUGCCAAACUGUCCAUCAUCCGAGAGGACCUCCUCCCACCAGGCUUCCCUAACAUUGACAUGGGCCCUCAACUGAAAGUGGUGGAGCGCACUCGGACGGCCACCAUGCUCUGUGCUGCCAGCGGCAACCCUGACCCUGAAAUCACCUGGUACAAAGACUUCCUGCCCAUUGACCCUAGUGCAAGUAAUGGAAGAAUCAAACAGCUACGCUCAGAAACAUUUGAGGGUACCCCAAUUCGAGGUGCCUUGCAGAUCGAGAACAGCGAGGAGACAGACCAGGGGAAGUACGAGUGCGUGGCGUCUAAUGUGGAAGGCGUGCGCUACUCGUCCCCUGCUAACCUUUAUGUGCGAGAGCUUCGAGAAGUCCGGCGGGUGCCUCCUCGUUUCUCCAUUCCACCAACGAGUCAGGAAAUUAUGCCUGGUGGCAGCGUGAACAUUACGUGUGUUGCAGUGGGGUCGCCCAUGCCUUACGUCAAGUGGAUGCUGAACUCGGAGGACUUGACACCAGAGGAUGAGAUGCCGGUGGGCAGGAAUGUUCUCGAACUGAGUAGUGUUCGUGAGUCAGCCAACUACACCUGCGUUGCCAUGAGCAGCCUUGGCAUCAUUGAAUCUGUGGCGCAGAUCACUGUCAAAUCUCUCCCCAAGCCACCAGGCACUCCCGUGGUUACUGAAACCACUGCCACCAGCGUGACCAUUACCUGGGACUCAGGUAACCCUGACCCAGUGACUUACUAUAUCAUCCAGUACAGGGCAAAGUCUCCAGACAGCAAGUAUGAGACAGUGGAUGACAUCACCACUACACGCUACAGCAUUGGCGGCCUUUACCCCAACACGGAGUAUGAAAUUCGGGUCUCAGCCGUCAACACGAUUGGCCAGGGUCCUCCCAGUGAGCCAGUAGAAACUCGGACUGGAGAACAAGCCCCAGCUAGUCCGCCACGGAACAUUCAAGCUCAGAUUAUUUCCCAAAACACCAUGAUGGUGCGCUGGGAAGAGCCAGAGGAGCCCAAUGGGCAGAUCAAGGGAUACCGGGUUUAUUACACCAUGGAUGACUCCCAGCCCAUGAGCCUCUGGCAGAUCCAUAAUGUCCAGGACAGCAUCAUCACUACGAUCCAGAGUCUUGUUCCCCAGGAGACAUACACAAUCAAAGUCCUAGCAUUCACCUCUGUAGGAGAUGGACCCUUCUCAGAGCCCAUCCACGUGAAAGUACUGCUCGGAGUUCCAGGCCAACCAUCCAAAUUCCGCUCAGGCGCUGUGUCUGACACCAGCAUUGAACUGACCUGGGAACCUGCCUAUGAAAAGGAAGGAAUAAUAAGUUAUGAACUUCGCUACUCAGAAGGCAGUUUUGGCACCCAAAUGAAGAAAACAUUUGGACCCACGUCCUCAUAUGUUGUGGAAGGGCUCCGCCCAAACACUGAGUACCACUUCUCCCUGGCAGCUAUUUCAAACAAAGGCAUCGGAGCCUUCACAAAUGACAUAUCCCAGAAGACCUUGCAAGCCAAGCCCUCAGCCCCCCCUCAAGACAUAAAGUGCAGCAGCACCAGCUCCACCACCCUGCUGGUAAGUUGGCGCCCCCCGCCUUUGAAGAGUCAGAACGGUGUCCUGGCAGGGUAUAGGGUGCGCUACCAGGUUGUGGGCCCAUCAGAAAGCGGCAGUGAUGACAUGGAAGCCGUGGAGGAGCCGACGGUUCCUGCCACUGAAGAGCAGGUGCUGCUGCAGCGGUUGGAGAAGUGGACCCAGUACCAGAUCACCGUGUCCGCUUUCACAGUGAUCGGGACAGGCCCUGAGAGCGAGCCCCUGAUCUGUCGUACUGAUGAAGACGUUCCGGGGGCUCCUCCAAGGCGGGUGGAGGUCGAGGUCCUCAACUCCACGGCGCUAAAGGUGAUGUGGCGCUCCUUGACGCCUGGCAAGCAGCACGGUCAGAUCCGUGGCUACCAGGUUCACUAUGUGCGGGUGGAAAAUGGCGAGUCGAGGGGCCUGCCCCUCAUCAAGGACGUCAUGCUGGCGGAUGCCCAGUGGGAAACGGACGAUACCGCUGAAUAUGAAAUGGUCAUUGGAGGACUCAAGCCGGACACCAUGUACUCCAUCACGGUGGCAGCAUACACCACCAAAGGUGAUGGAGCCCGGAGCAAACCCAAGCUGGUGGUGACAAAGGGGGCAGUGCCGGGUCCUCCCAACUUGUCAGUGGCUCAGGACUUGGAGACGUCAGCCGUUGUUCGCUGGGAUCCUCCAGACCUGAUCAAUGGCAUGGACCUGCAGGGUUACCGGCUCCAGUUUGGCCGCAGAGAUGUUUCUCCUUUGGCCACACUGGAAUUUGCUCCCCAAGAGCGGCAGUAUUCUGUGGGCAACAUUCACCAGGGUGCCACAUAUCUCUUCAAAAUCUCAGCCAAAAGCAAGGGGGGCUUUGGGGAAGAGGCUGUUGUGGAACUCAACGUGCCUGAGAAUAUGCCAGGGGGAUACCCUCAAAUUAAUGAGGGCUCCAAUGUGACAUGCUGCUCUGUGCAGCUGUCCUGGUCUCCACCAGUGCUGGCGGAGAGGAACGGGGUAAUCACAGAAUACACUUUGGCCUAUAAAGAAACUAGUGCCAAAGGAGCACCACAGGAGCUGCACUUGCCCCCCAACCUGUCCAGCUACGUGCUCAACAGCCUCAAACCGAACUCAGCAUACGAUGUGAAAAUUCGUGCACACACCAGUGUAGGUCCAGGGCCCUACAGCCCUCCUAUCCAGUAUCGGACCGUGGCCUUUGAUUCAGCAGAUGUCCCAAAGAAUUUCACUGUCAAGUGGGCCACCAAGUCCACAGUGGCUCUUGCAUGGAAGUUUUCUGAAAGCAGAUCUCCAUACAAAUGCACGAUUGAAUACAGCCGCCAGAAGAUGGAUGUGGAUGCCAGGCAAAUGAGGGUCGUCAUCACUGGAUUAAGGCACAACACAACUUAUGAGUUUAAGGUGACCUGCCAAGAGAGCAUGGAUGGUGGGCCAAGACAUCGCGUGGUAGCCAGAACCGCGCCACUUAUCCUGGUCAAGAAACCCAAGUUGGACAUUUUUGCUGAGCCUGACAACAUGCUCACCAUAUCCUUCCCACCGGUCGACAGCCAUCAUAUCAAGAAUUUCUAUGUGGUGGUCGUACCACUGAAGAAGACGUCUGGGACUGUUAAAAACCUGAAUAACCCUGAUGAAACAGACAUGGAAGAGCUGUUACGUGAGGUGACCCCAAAGCGACGCUCGCGCCGUCAGUUGGCACAGCUUGACCAGAGGAAGCCCUUCAUCACAGCCUGCUUUAGGCAGCUGCCGUCCAGCUUCACAGUGGGAUCUGAUCACGGCCACAGCAGCUGUGAGAACAAGCCUCUUGAACCAGGCCAGGAGUAUGUCUUCUUCCUGCUGGCUGAGCUCAAUGCCACCAUCGGGAAAAUGUUUGCCACCAGCCCUUAUACUGACACAGUUAUGACUCCUGAGCUGGUGGUGGACCCCCUGCCAAUAGAGACUGGCGAUGGACUAAUAUGGGUGGUGGGCCCAGUUCUGGCUGUGGUCUUCAUCAUCUGCAUCGUCAUCGCCAUCCUGCUCUAUAAAAACAAACCUGACAGCCGCAAAAGGAAAGAGUCCGAGCCACGCACAAAGUGUAUGCUGAACAACGCAGACAUCACGCCCCACCACCCUACAGACCCCGUGGAGAUGAGACGCAUCAAUUUCCAAACUCCAGAUUCUGGUCUAAGCAGUCCUCAGAGUGAAGCAGAUUUUGACUAUGAAAGCAUGAUGAAUCACCCACCCAUUCCUAUCUCAGAGCUGGCUGAACACACAGAGCUUCUUAAAGCAAAUGACAACCUCAAGCUCUCGCAGGAAUAUGAGUCCAUCGAUCCAGGCCAGCAGUUCACCUGGGAGCACUCCAACCUGGAGGUGAACAAGCCCAAAAAUCGUUACGCCAACGUCAUCGCCUACGACCACUCCCGUGUCAUCUUGGCUCCCAUCGAGGGUAUCACAGGGAGUGACUACAUCAACGCCAACUACAUUGACGGCUACAGGAAGCAGAAUGCCUACAUUGCCACCCAAGGUCCAUUACCAGAGACAUUUGGGGACUUCUGGAGGAUGGUAUGGGAACAGAGAGCAGCCACUGUGGUCAUGAUGACCAGGCUUGAGGAGAAAUCACGGAUUAAGUGUGACCAGUACUGGCCCAGUCGUGGCACGGAAACCUACGGGAUGACCCAAGUAACACUGCUGGACACAAUAGAGCUGGCCACUUUCUGCGUGCGCACAUUCUCCUUGCACAAGAAUGGCUCCAGCGAGAAGCGGGAGGUUCGUCAGUUCCAGUUCACGGCGUGGCCUGACCAUGGUGUACCAGAGUACCCAACACCGUUCCUGGCCUUCCUCCGUAGAGUAAAGACCUGCAACCCACCUGAUGCUGGACCCAUCAUAGCCCACUGCAGUGCGGGUGUCGGGCGGACGGGCUGCUUCAUCGUCAUCGAUGCCAUGCUUGAGCGCAUCAAGCACGAGAAGACGGUCGACAUUUACGGCCAUGUGACGCUUAUGCGGUCGCAGCGGAACUACAUGGUGCAGACAGAGGACCAGUACAGCUUCAUUCACGAUGCGUUGCUGGAGGCAGUGGCCUGCGGCAACACCGAGGUUGCGGCCCGGAGCCUCUAUUCCUACAUCCAGAAGCUGGCCCAGGUGGAGAGUGGCGAACACGUCACCGGCAUGGAGCUGGAGUUCAAGCGUUUGGCCAACUCCAAAGCCCACACGUCGCGCUUCAUCAGUGCCAACCUUCCCUGCAACAAGUUCAAGAAUCGGCUGGUCAACAUCAUGCCCUACGAGACCACGCGUGUCUGCCUGCAGCCAAUCAGAGGCCUGGAAGGUUCUGACUACAUCAAUUCAAGUUUCAUUGAUGGAUACAGGCAACAGAAAGCCUACAUCGCCACACAGGGACCUCUGGCAGAGACCACAGAAGACUUCUGGAGAAUGCUCUGGGAGAACAACUCGACCAUUGUAGUCAUGUUGACCAAACUAAGAGAGAUGGGACGGGAAAAAUGUCACCAGUAUUGGCCUGCUGAGCGGUCUGCCAGGUAUCAGUACUUUGUAGUGGAUCCCAUGGCAGAGUACAACAUGCCCCAGUACAUCCUUCGAGAGUUCAAGGUUACAGAUGCCAGGGACGGCCAGUCCAGGACAGUAAGGCAGUUCCAGUUUACUGAUUGGCCAGAGCAAGGCGUGCCCAAAUCUGGGGAGGGAUUCAUUGAUUUUAUUGGCCAGGUCCAUAAAACCAAGGAGCAGUUUGGACAAGAUGGACCAAUCUCUGUUCACUGCAGUGCCGGCGUCGGCAGGACUGGAGUCUUCAUCACCCUCAGUAUUGUGCUGGAGAGAAUGCGCUAUGAAGGUGUGGUUGAUAUCUUCCAGACUGUGAAGAUGCUCCGGACACAGAGGCCAGCCAUGGUCCAGACAGAGGAUGAGUACCAAUUUUGCUAUCACGCGGCUCUGGAGUAUUUAGGAAGCUUUGAUCACUAUGCAACGUAAAAAGCCAUCUCUUAUCCCCAGAAUCUCGUCGCCCCACCACCCCCCACCCCACCCUCACCCCCUGCCAACAGUCUCCUGAGCCAUAGUAACUUUGCAAUUUGAAACAACGACGACGACGACAGCAGACAAUGAGAACACCACUGCUCAUUCACACACCGGCAGGAUCCUGUCGUACACCACGCCCCCAAAAGUAUAGGAUCGAUUUCAAUUCCAAUCCGAUAAAAAGAAAAAAAGAAAGAAAAAAAAAAGACCCUUCAUGAGGAAACAAAUUUCCCAUCAUCAAGAAAAAGAAUGUCCUCGUCAGGAGAGGAAUCAGAAGCUGUGGCUCAAGCUGUGGGGCGGGAACCGAUCAAAGUGUCAGACUGCUUACCUUACCUCAAGUGUUUCAAUGUGGAGGACACUGUAAACAUUCGUGGACAUUUCUCUUCUUCAAAAAUAUCUAAGUGAUACAAUGGUAACAAGCAACAGAUGACGAAGGAGAAGGCAAUGGGGAAAAAAAAAUCAAUGAGAGGCAAAUGGAUGCAGCCAAGAUGGGGUGACUUUCUCGUUUGUUUUUUUUAUACGACUGGAUGUAAACGGAGUUCAAAGUAUUUCUAUCAACAUAUUUUGUGACUCGUAUCCAGAGAAAUGACCAAAUGAAGGAUUGCUCUGUGAACACAAAUGGCUCUCCCCAAACUCUGGUCACCCAAAACAAGACAGGACAAGAAAAAAAAAAAUCAGCUUGAGAAUCGACUAAAUCUGAAAGUUUUAUACUGCUCCACUAAUGAUAUGCGUAGCACGUGUGGAAAGAGACUCAGCUAUUGAAAGUGUACAUCACACAGCCAUCUGUUCCCAAGCAACGAGACGUUUGAAGAAGGCGCUGGGAAGGAAGCGGCGAACACAUAUCUUAAGAUUAGUUAUUGCCAUGAAUUGUAAGCAAAAUCAGUGUCUCAAGCCACAAAUGAUGUUGUAUCAUAGUGACCCAUAAUGUACAAGUAAAAGGUGCCCAUGCCAGAGUCUUGUAUCUCGCUCACCACAGAAUUCGCGAGGAAAAUCUAACCUUUUGCAAGAAGUUGUGAACGAGUCAUCGUGGAAGAAAUGGCAAACGUGUCCCAUGAUUUAUUUAAAAAAGAUUUUUUUUACAAUCACUCCCUCUCUCUGGCACCAUUGCAUCAUGGGGCUUAAACGACCACCGUAAUGAACGAGAUAAAAACCUGGUGGACGAAAAAGCCUUGGAAGAAACGGAACAACCAAACCAGGAUUGCUGAAUACUCGGAGCCUUCCUUGUGUACAGUGACCAAUGCUCAUCAUUGUUCAGAACCUUCUUUUUGUCCUAUGAGGAAUGAUUUACUUUUCUUUACUGUCAAAACCAAACAUGCUGCUUAUCUUGUGUAUGCUGUACAUGUGACUCUCGAGGGUGAAGGAUAAGAAAGACGCCAGCUCUGCUACACCCGCUCACCACCAGAUGGACGUGACUACAAGUGCAUCCAACGUGCCAUCAUUGUCCACCGGUCUUUUCCAACCCUCCUCUUGUUUUCUUCUCUUUCUUUUUCCCAGCCUCCUCUAUAAUCAUCUAGUUCAUUGUAAAAGACACUGAAGAGUGGCGGCAAAAGCCUGUUGCAUUUACAAAGCUUUACAUUUCAUGUGAUUAAGAAAUUGGCCUUCGGUUCUAACGUAUUUGUUUGGUAACAGUGGGAGAAACAAAGUAGAUGCUUUAGUUUUUCCUCCUCUGUUUUAUAGGCGAUGUCUCUGUGGGUGACACAGUCAUACCAGGCAGCCAUGUUGGAUCUCAAUGCCAUGAUGUGAUAAUGAAACUCUUUGGUACAGAAUACUUUUCCUUGCACAUCCCUAAGGAAAAAAAAACAAAAGAAACUUGAAACAAAUAACCCCCCCCAAAAAAAACAACUGCAGGUUGACACACUACAGGAUAUGUCUGAAUUUAAAAAGUAGAAGAAGAAGAAGAAAAAAACGUUUUUAUUUUGGAAUCAGUGCUUUGGUUUAAACGGCGUGUACGGAUUCUGUGAGUGGACGUGCACAAAAACCAGAGCGAUGGACAGAACUGUGUGUAACCUUUUCUUAUUUCCAAAAAAGCCUUAUUGUUACUGUAACAUUAUUAAACAUUAAUGUUGUAUUAUGACAACUUAAUUUACAUUACAUAACUGACUUUUUAUUUUCCUUUUGGUUUAGUUUUUUAACAGAGGUGUUAUAUCGCUUUUUUUCUUUUUUUUAAAUAGCAGGAAAAGAGAAAUGCUUAUUUGUUCAUAUUACGUUAAAAGACAUUCUAUUUUUUCACUGUAGAAAUGUUAAGUAUAACGUGUCUGCGUGUGUCCGCAUGCACAUAUAUGUACGUAUGCGUACGCAUGUGUACAUAUAUGUGCACGCGCACAUGCAUAUAUAUUUAAAAGCAGAAUAUAAAAUAUAUCCAAACACUUAGUAUAAUUCAAGUUUUCUCCUCAUCAUCUUUCUUUUUAUACCAGCCAGUGCUCAUGUUUAAAAAUAGAAUGGUGGUGUUGGUUUUUUUUUUGUUAUUUUCUUUAGUUUGUGAGUUUAUUUUUUGUAAUCCUCGUUAAAAACCUUGUAUAUUUCUUCUACCCUCAGGUAGAGCUCAUGUGCCGAUGAGGAGAUGACGUUUUUAAACCUUGUUGAGAUUCUUUAUUAUCAUUAGCUUGUAGGCGUUAGUAUUGUUUUUGACUUUUCAUGCGCCGCCGUCGAUCAACCUGGUCGUCAACAUGUGUUAUCAGUCGUGAAUUUCAUAAUUGACCAUUUUGGCAUACUGCACCUUGAGCGAUCACAUGCAGACUAUGUCCCUCGCAGCUUUUAAAGAAACUCUUAAGUUCUUCCAUAUUUUGUUUACUUCAUUAGUUUCCGACAUCAUGUGGUCAUUCAUUUUGUUCAAUGUACACUAUGAUCUAGAACAUACCUGUAAAUAAACAAAUAUAUAGAUUA